AUGACCCAGAUUUACAAUCAACCUUACAUUGCGGCUCUUCAUGAUCGGCCGUCAAACUGCGAGAGACGACAAGCACCAUAUUAUCCGAGAGAAGCACCGAGGACAGAGACUGCGGCGCCAUAUACAGAACGGAAAGUGGACAAAAGUUGGAGCCCUCCUUGUUCUCCAGCGUCAGAAAGUAGCAAACAAUCCCGAGAACCAGAAAAAAUGUAUAAUCGGCCAGAGAACAAAGCUCCUCGAGAGCAGUUGCCUUCAUUGAGCAGCCUCUUUCCAUCUUCAUCACAUCCACCACCCGCUCAGUCGCCGUACUCAGAGCGACCAAGCCCGAUAUUUCCCUCCGCAAACACAUCACCUCUUGAUGGGAGGCACCCAGCGACGCCUUUGCACCCGGAUCGUCCUUUCGAUUCCAGUUCAUACUUCCAUCGUCCAGCUCAACCUCCAUCGCAUUCGAGGCCAGAGGCUGUUGAGAGACUUGGAUUUCCCGUCCAUCCACUCUCUUCUCAGAAUGGUAUCAAAUCCGAAUCUUCAAGGUACGAUGGGCGCCCGCCAUACUCAAUCAACACAUCAAGAACUCCAGGACCUCCCACCAACGCAUGGUCUCCACACUCGCAACCUAACCGUCCAGAGUACCUUUCGCGGGACACCUCUUCAUCAUUCACCCACCAUGUAGAUCGUUCCAGCCAUCCGCGCAGACCUGAGGAAAUGAGGGGUACGUAUCGCGAUGGUGCUCACAUCACACCAGUGACACCGGAUUUUCCACCUACGCCAGGAGGAACAGUGGUCAGUGAACUGGGCACGUCAAAGGAUGGGCUUGGGCCAAAGAUCUGGACUGGAACACAGUUUUUGCCUCGUUUUGUCCGCCAAGCAGAUGUUCCAGGCGAAGGGACUUGUUAUUUUUAUGACGACGGCACACAUUGCAAGACAGUGAUAGAUGGCGAAGUUGUCAAUGCUCAUUGGGGGGUCACAAAGGCUGGUAAGCCUAGAAAACGACUGGCAAUUGCAUGCAUCACCUGUCGGGAAAAGAAGAUUAAAUGCGACCCGGAUUAUCCUCGAUGUGUUCAAUGUGAGAAGUUCGGACGAAUUUGCAAGUUCAAGAAUGCGCCACGAGGUGGGCAGGGAUCACCAGACACACCACCCGCUGAUAUUGAUGAUACUCUGUCGAGGCCUUCAUCCUCAAGAACUGAUGGGGAGUCUUUCAAAGUCGUCGGUCGAGAAAACAGCGAACCGAUUUCACCACGCCAUGUACUUCGUCCAGCAUCUCCAUCAAACGAUGAACAUCCAUCAAAGCGUCAGCGAACUGGGUAUAACAAUUUCACUCCAGUGCCAUCGGAAGGUUCACCCCCACCAUCCGCUCGUGAAGCAGGAUCACCACCGGCUUCUUGGCUCGAAACAGCCGUAAACAGACUCCCAGAUCACGAUAUUGUCCAGCAAAGUCGUGUCAACCCGUACGUCAACCGGCCCGCAGUUGUCAGCGAGCUCAUCGAUGUCUUCUUCACGCUCGUUCCGGAAACAGCCUCAGCGAUUUUUCCAAGAGGGGUCUUUCGAGCCUGGUUUUUAUCCGCCAGCUCAAAAUCUUCAGAUGACUUGAUGCUUAUGUACACGAUUCUUGCCCUGUCUACCAUUUUCUCCCCAAAGCCAGAGCACAAGUCUCUCGGUGCUCAGUACGCCUCUAUUGCCAGAUUUGCUUGCGAGAACCGACGCUUCAGCAUUCAGCUUGUGCAAUCCCGCCUGCUCCUUUCUCUGUACUAUUUCUCAACCAACAACCCGAACGAUGCCUGGGAUUUCUGUGGAGCAGCAGUGAGAGCGGCCAGUGGUUUGAGGUUCAACGUCGAGGUGGAGAAGACGGAGGAACAUUAUCUCCAAACGUUUCCCUAUGGAAUGAAUCGUCACGGAUACGCCGAGUGCAGGCGAAGAACUUUCUGGAGUUGUUAUCUGAUGGAUCGGUUUAAUAGCUUCUGUUCUGGACACUUCAGUAUGAUGCAUGCAGAAGACAUCUUCUUGCGACUUCCUUGCGACGACAGCAGCUUUGAAUCUCAAAUCGAGGUUCAGAACCCCUUCUUUGAUGUCACAACCCCCCCAAUUCAGAACCAUAUCUGGACUGUUGGUCCUAUGGCUCACUUAGUCAACCUCGCAACAAUAUGGGGUGACGUUAUGGCAAACAUCUAUCGAAGCUCGCAGCGACGAGCACCCUCCAGCUCCACUUCGUUUGGGACCUUUUACGAGGCGACUUCACGGCGGCUACGAGAAUGGAAUUCCUCUCUACCGAAGGCAUAUACUUUUUCAACUGAGAACCUCAGAAAAGCCACCGAAAAUGAGAAGUUGAACACCUUUGCAAUGCUCCACACCGUCUACCACACUACGGCGAUGAAACUCAAUCGUUAUAUUCAGCAAGCCAAUCUCACUCCGGCUCAAUUAACACACCACGUCUCUGCGGCACACCACCAUGCUGAUGCACUCCUUUCCAUCGCCGACUUACUUGCUGCUCGCCGCUCUUCGCUUCCAUCAAGCCCAACAAGCUAUGGUGUGAAGGUCACCAAUCUCUCCUCACCUUUCGUUGGUUACGCAGUCGUCUCAGCGAUCGACAUUCUUACGGCCCGCACAUCCGUCUCCUCCAUCCCAAAUCGAAUUACCUCUAUCCGCGGCGCACAAACCGUUCUCGCUGAUCUGGCCGUGAUUUGGCAGAGUGCCAAAACACAACAAGCUCUUGUUCUCGACCGAGUUCGCGAUUUGGCCGAGGUGACAACUGAGCAAGGUGCUAAGAUUUCGUCACGAUUUGGAUCAUUUGUGAAGCACGAAGGACGUGAAGUCAUGUUUGAAAUGCGAGAUUCACUUGAGAAAACAUUUCCGAGGGAUUUUGAUUGUAUAUAUGGUUGA